AUGGCUGUCGCGUUGGAAGGAUGUGCCGGGUCCACUUACACCUACGACAACCUAUCGGGCGGCAUCAUGACGUCACCAAUGUUCCCUAAUAAUUACCCCAACAAUGCCAACUGUAAGUGGCACUUCAAAGCUCCGCUUGGUAAGGUCGUACAUCUAGAGUUUCUCAGCUUCAACGUGGCGUCCUCUAAAAACUGCUCCAAUGAUUCGCUGACUGUGUACAACGGAGCCGAUGGCAAUGCGAACAUGUCAGCUAGACUAUGCGGUUGUGAGAUACCAGGCGACCAAAUCUCCACAGACACCAAUAUGUUCCUGCAUUUCGUCAGUAAUGAUAAUGCAACUUUGAUCGGCUUCAAGAUCCGCUAUAGUUUUAAUGAAUCUAAACCGUGGGAAGGAUGUGACGGGUACACUCACACCUACGACAACCCAGCGGGCGGUAUCAUGACGUCACUAAUCUUCCCUAAGAAUUACCCUAACAACGUCGACUGCAAGUGGCAUUUCGAAGCACCGCCUGGGAAACUCGUACAUCUAGAGUUUCUCAGCUUCAACGUGGAACCCUCCCGAAACUGCUCUAAUGAUUCGCUGACUGUGUACAACGGAGCCGAUGAGUAUGGUUCCAUGUCAGCCAAGCUAUGUGGACUUGAAAUACCCGAUGACCAAUUCUCCAGAGACACGGACAUGUUCCUGCGUUUCGUCAGCGAUUCUAACGAAACUUACAUCGGGUUCAAGAUCCGCUACAGUUUUAAUGAUUCUAAACCAUGGGAAGGAUGUGGCUGGCAUACUCACACCUACGACAACCCAUCGGGCGGCAUCAUGACGUCACCAAUGUUCCCCCAUAAUUACCCCAGCAACGCCGACUGCAAAUGGCACUUCCAAGCUCCAUUAGGAAUGGUCGUACGUCUAGAGUUUCUCAGCUUCAACGUGGAGUCCUCUAACAACUGCUCCAAUGAUUCGCUGACUGUGUAUAACGGAGCCGACGCCAAUGCGACCAUGUCAGCCAGGUUAUGUGGGCAUAGCUUGCCCAAGGAUCAAGCCUUCAACGAAACGAAUAUGUUCCUGCAUUUUGUCAGCGAUUCUAGUAGAAGCUACAGUGGGUUUCAGAUCCGCUACCGUUUCAAUGAAACUAAACCAUGGGAAGGAUGUAACGGAGUUAAUCACACAUACGACAACCCAGCGGGCGGCAUCAUGACGUCACCAUUGUUUCCCAACAAUUACCCCAAAAAUUCCUAUUGCAAGUGGCAAUUCCAAGCACCGCCUGGAAAGGUCGUACAUCUAGAGUUUCUCAGUUUCAACGUGGAAUCCGACGAAUACGUGAAAAAUUGCAGCCACGAUGCGCUGCUCAUCUACGAUGGCUACUUUCCCUAUGACGACAUCUUAGGCCAGAUAUGUGGGCACAGCCUACCCGAAAACCAGAUCUCAAGCGGCAGAAAUAUGACUGUGCAUUUCGUCAGUGACUCUGGUUUAACAUACAGUGGGUUCAAGAUCCGAUACAGUUUUAAUGAUUCCGAAGCUAUUGCAUUGGAAGGAUGUGAAGGGUUCACUCACAUCUACGACAACCCAUCGGGCGGCAACAUGACGUCACCAAUGUUUCCUAAGAAUUAUCCCAACAAUGCCGACUGCAAGUGGCUCUUCGUAGCGCCAGCUGGAAAUCUCAUGGUGUACGAUGGCGUCGAAGAGGAUGGCGUCUUGCUAAGGACAAACUAUGCGGCCACAGCUUACCGGCAUGAAAAGAACCCAGGUCUCCAGCAGCAGACAUGGCUUAUGGCAUUUUGUCGGAGCAGUGCUCCUACAGUGUCUUAUAGUGGGUUCCAGAUCCGCUAG